CGGUUGUAUGUUCUACAGAAAAAUCACAGGAGAAAAAUAAAUCAAAAAAGGAAACUAGAAUAUACGCCAAAAAAUUGUCUUUCCUCAAUAAAUAAUUAACUGACGCCUCGUAAAUUUUGGGAAUCCGAAUUCUCAUUCCAUUUAUCAUCGCUGUGCAUUUUUUUCAUUUGGAAAUUUUAUUUGUUACACUAUUGCGAGAGAAUUAUAUUCAGUUAAAUGUUUUAAUGAGAAAAGAAUCAAAGAAGAAAAGCAAUCGUGGUUAUGUGUUGCUGAAAGCUUGAUGGUGAUUGAUCGUGAGUUUGAAUGUUGAAGUUAUGAACAGCUGCUGAAGCCAUGGAGAGUCAUUUUGCCGCUCUGAGGAUUCCGGAGGCACCCGAAAAAAGUUUAACACGUGCUAUGAGCUUUUCGGAGUUGCCGACGAGACGUAGAAUUAUUAUUCAACAGACCGAGGCAUCUGGAGAACUCGUCAGACAGUACAGUUGUGAACAGAUUUAUGAUAAAGCCUCAAACACUAGAAGAAUCAAUUUCCUGACCUCAGUGACGUCGAAACUAGGUCCAGCAACUAGUCACUGGAAGCCAAUGCCUCUAUCAUCUCUCGAAAAAAAAUCUAGCUGGCACCAACGAAUUCCCUCGAUAUCUGUAAAGCCAGAAGCUUCUCGAAAUUUAUUCACAAGUGGUUUCAAGGCUCCAAAAAUAUUGACUUCAGCCUCAACGUUCCUGAAACCUCCAGAAAAAUCCACAACAGCUGCUCACAUCACUUCGAAUUCUCCCCAUUCAGAUUUACUCCCAAUUAUUCCCCCCGAAGCUCCUACACCAAUUCCAAAAUUCACCCAACCCUCCUCAACUACCUCUGAGGAAAAUUCAAAUGAAAAUAAUCAAUCGAAAAAGAAACUUCGACCUUUGAUUCCUGCAGAGCAUUUCAAACCACCCGAGAGGAGGAUUACUUCGUAUAAAAUCGUAUUUUUUGGUCUACUCAGUGUUGCUGUCUUGAUCAUCUCAACUUUGAUAUCCGAUUUCGACCAGAAGCCUUUAGAUUUUGCUAACACGUCAAUGGCAUUAAGAAAAAAUGUCUUGGGGCAGAGUGAAGCAAUAGAAACAUUGAUCGAUCACUUUCAAUCGAAUUUCAAUAACUUCACUGCCGUGAUUUUGGUGGGAGGGAUAGGGGUGGGUAAAACGUACACGACGAACAUCAUCAAGGAACAUUUUCCUCACAAGCACAACAUCUUCGAGUUUUUCCCACCAAUAAUGAAGCAAAUUCCUUCAGCUUACGAAAUGUUAUCGCAUCAUUACUGCAAUCUACUCAUCGUCGAAAAUCUGAAAACAGAAGACGAGAAAGACUUUGUGGCUUUAACAAAAUUCUUUCAAAAACAGGCGAUAAGGCCUUGUUUAAUUAUACUGGGAGUCCUGAAUCCUCAGGUGACUGAUGAUCAUCUGGUGAGGACUAUGAAUCUUAAAGAGACAGUUAAGGAAUUGCAGAAUUUGUUUAGGCAAGAGGGGAUAAAUUCAAAAGUCAUUCCAUUCUCUCCAUUGGGGGCUGAGGUAAUUAGCGAGUGUAUAAUGAGAGAAAUUAAAAACAACGGCAUUGUGCUGACUGAUGAAAAUUAUCAAAAAAUUGAGACACAAUUGUUAAUGACUAAUAAUGGAUGUAAGGGUGUAAACGGGAAAGUUAAUUUGUUGAGAACAAAGAAAAUUUUAUGAAUUACAUAAUGGCGCAACAAAUUAAAGCUCCAGUUAUCCCUCGUUUUUAAGAUUUUCUAAGGAAUUAUGUGAUGAUAAUUACGGGUUGAAGAUAAUUGCUCAAUUAUUCGUGACAAGUGCACGCAAUAUUUCGAUUAAAUAAAAUACGACAUGUAAAUCAAUUUAUCCGACAAUUGACAAGAUGUUAUGCAGAAAUCAUCGAGUAAUUUAUUGAAUAAAAAUCGAUGAGAGUUGAAAAUUAUGAAAACCAAUAAAAAUUAUUCAUUAUUUACUGUUUUUUUUAUUAUUUUCCGGGGGAUUUGAUUAUAAUUAAUCAACAGGUAUCUAAAAAAUCCUAAUACUAAGGCGUUACAUGGUGACAUUGUGUAACAAGUGGAAACUGAGAAUCAAAGAAGAGAAAUAUCGACAGAUUAAUUACAGCAACAUUUAUCGAUUAUGCAUUACUAGUAGGCAGUAGUAAUCUCCGAUUGAAAGCAGUAAUUUUAUUGUAAUUUUG